AUGCGUAUUCUGUGGAUGUCCGUGGCGGAAUCGUCCACCGUGCAAGGUCGGCGCGGACGGAGUGGCGGCGAAGCGACUUAUGAACAAUCUAAAUUCGACCUAAAACGCUUUCGCAUACGGUCGUCUUUCGCCCCCUCCCGCUUUUCGAAUCCGACCAGUUUAGUCGCGCCGCGCAGAUGUCCCUGGUGGCGCGCGACGGGGUGCGCGGGGGGCGACGGGGGCGGGCGGGGGCUGGCGCUGGUGGACGAGGGGGGCGCCGGGAGCGGGGCGGCGGGGGCGCGCGCGCUGCUGGCCGCGUGGCUGUGGGCGCUCUUGCUCCGCCCCCCGCCCCGCGCGCCCCUCACGCUGCUCGCCACGCACCGCCGCCUGGCGCCGCUGCUGCCGCGCGCCCACGCGCUCCCCAUACACCACCUCGUGAGCACCACACGUCGAGCCCUCUCUCCGGUUUUCAGAGUGGCCGAGGAGCCAGAGAUGCGGCUAUGUUCGCUGAGAGAUAUAGUUAUAUCUCCCUAUGAAGGA